AAGGGCGCGGCGCGAGUUCUGGUGUGGCCAUGGCGAGCGUGGACGAGGGUGGGCGCAGGAGGCCUCGACUGGCAGCGUCGCUGCAGAUCAGCCCCGGACCCUGGAGGCCCUCGGGAGACCAGGAGUCCACGGAGGCUGGGGGCAGGGCACCUGGGACCCCUGAACCUGGGGUGGUUAGGGAGCAGGAGGCCCGCGAGGAGGCCUGUAAGGCCCCGAGGGGCUCGGUCCUGCGCGCGGGGGCCGCGGGCGACUUCCUUAUGGACACCCGGGGGCUUAGCCUGCUGCCCAGGGACCCGCCCCCAGUGCAGGCGGUGGCCCUGCUCACUCAGUGCGUGGCUAACCUGGGCAUCUCUCUGACCUUCCUGGAGGACCAGACCGCAGGUCCAGACUCCUCAUUCUCUGUGUGUGCAGAGCUGGAUGGGUUGGUCUGUCCUGCGGGAACAGGGAAAAGCAAGAUGGAGGCCAAGCAGCAGGCAGCGCUCUCUGCCCUUCAGUAUAUCCGGAAGCAUCUGGAAAGACCAGAGCCCCCUGUGACUCCCCGCCGGUCUCUGCUCACCUCCCUCGGCACAGAAAAUAUCCUGACCCAUGAGCAGCGCUGUGCAGCUGUGGUCAGUGCCGGCCUGGACCGACUGCUGAAUGAGAGCUCGCCAUACCAGGCCUGUAAGGGGACGGUGGCCGCAGUCAUCCUGGAGAGGGGUAGGAACUGCCCUGCCCCCACCCCAGCUCUACACACAAGCUCAGGCUCCUGGCCUGAGUCUUCUGUCCCUUCCUGCACAGAGGUCCAAGGCACGGUUGGUCACUCCAAGGAGACCUACGAGCUGGUGGCGCUGGGCACGGGCAGCAGCAGCUAUACCGGCUGGCUGGAGUUCUCCGGCCGACGGCUCCAUGACUGCCAUGGUCUGGUCAUCGCCCGCAGGGCCCUGCUGAGGUUCUUCUUCCGGCAGCUCCUGCUGGCCACACAGGGGGGUCCCAAGGGCAAGGAGCGGUCCGUGCUGGCCCCCCAGCCUGGGCCUGGACCCCCCUUCGCCCUCAAGCCCGGGGUCUUCCUGCAUCUGUAUGUGAGCAACACCCCCAAGGGGGCAGCCCAUGACAGCUACUUUCCACUGGCCUCAGAAGACAGUGACCUGCACAGAUCAGCCUUCCGCCUGCAGGUCCAUGUCUGUGGGGAGCUGAAACCUGUAUCCUAUGCCGCACCCGCCCUCCGCAAUACCCACGUGGGCUGCCUUUCAGCCAGUGACAAGCUGGCGCGGUGGGCUGUCCUUGGGCUGGGCGGUGGGCUGCUGGCCCACUUCCUGCCACCACUCUAUGCCACCAGUCUUAUCUUAGCUGACCCCUGCCAUGACCCUCCAACUGUGAACAGGGCCAUUCAUUCCCGGCCUAGACUGGACAGUGUCUUGGGGUCAUGUCUUCCAAAUCCAUAUGUCCGCACCACCUUGCACCUGUUUGCUGGGCCUCUGGUGGCCCCCUCCGACCCCAUGCCCAGUACCUGCCAUGGCCUGAGCCUCAACUGGAGCCUGGGGGAUCCUGACAUCGAAGUUGUUGAUGUGGCCACUGGAUAUGUGAAGGCUGAGGCCAGCAUUGGACCCCCCUCCCGCCUCUGUAAAGCGGCCUUUCUCGCAGCGUUCCGCCAGGUUGCCAAAGCUCUGGAGAAGCCCCAGCUCCUGUCUCUGGAUACCUAUGAGGCUGCCAAGGCUGUGCCCUACAGGGAAGCUCGCCAGCAGCUCUCUCUCCUGCUGGACCUGCAGGGCCUGGGGGCCUGGCCCUCAAAACCACUGGUGGGUAAAUUCAGACACUGAUCCAGACUUCGAGGGACAAGGACCCUAGUGGACUUGGACCUCUACAGUGGGAGGACCUACUGGGGGCC